AUGCCCGUUUACCAUGUGGUUCUCUUUAAGCUCAAGCCGGACGUCACCGCCGAGCAGGUCGACAAGUGGCGAGACUUGAUCCUGGCGAUGAAAGGACAGGUUCCGGGCCUCCUCAAAAUUUCUUUCGGAAAACCGCUGCCAAUUACUGCCCAACGCGCUCAGGGCUUCAAUGUGGGCCUCGUUGCUAUACUGGACAAAGUUGACACUGUUCCCAUUUAUGCUCAGCAUGCCGCGCAUCAACCAGUGAUACAAAUGAAGGAAGAGUUGUGCACCGACUCGCUGGCUUACGAUAUGGAAUUUGAGGACUAG